AUGCAAUCUGUCAAUGGCUUUGAUAAUCCCCCACUUCUCUAUUAUUCCAUCCUUAUUCGAUUCCAAAGGCAGUCUGGCAGCCUGGUUAAGAAACUGAUAUGCGAAAUAGGGGGAAAAGAGCAGGGCACAACCAUGGUGAUGCUCUCCUACUUCGGAAGCUAUUACAAACCUCUAAGUGAAAAUGCUCCCAUCCUUAAUACUGGCCAGUUGCUAUGUCACUGUGCUGGACUUGGAUUGAAUGUAAUUGCACAUUUUGGACGCUUUGAGCACAAUCAUAAAAUGCCAUUGCCAUCUUUUACUCAUCUCAAUCUGAGAGCAUUAUGUAGAGAGGGCCAGUUGAAGGAGGCGCUACACAUUCUGCUUACUACAUACAACCCCCCUGAAGACUACCCUACAUAUCUUCAAUUAUUGCAAAGCUGUAUUCUCAAGAACUCGCUAUCACAAGGGAAAAAUGUUCACUCUUUCAUAGCUCACAGGCGAUUUGCAUUUACUACAAGCAAAACAUUUCCUCAUAAGCUUAUUUACAUGUAUGCCAAGUGCGGAACAUUGAAGGAUGCCCGUAAAGUGUUUGACAACAUGCAAGAACGAAACAGCUACUCAUGGAAUACGCUUAUUGCAGCGUACAGAAGACAUGGGUUAACUCACGAAGUAGUUACACUGUUUCACCAUAUGCAACAAACAGGCUUCCAACCUGAUCGGUUUACAUUUGCCAGCGUGCUCCCGGCCUGUGCCAAAAUGGGAGCUCUGGAACAGGGUAUAAAUAUCCAUAGAGGCAUAAUGGAAAGAGGAAUCUUAUCAGAUAUUGUAGUUGCAACUGCCCUGGCAGACAUGUAUGCGAAGUGUGGAAGCAUAGACAAGGCACGCUAUACACAAAAUGGAUCUGAUGAAAAGGCUUUAGAAACUUUCAAGCAAAUGAAAUUGGCGGGCGUAAAGCCAGACUACGCAACCUUUGCGAGCAUCCUACCUGCCUGUGCCAAAAUGAAAGAUUUGGAGCAGGGUUUGGUUGAUGAUGGCUGUGCAUACUUCAAUCACAUGAGUAAUCAUUAUUGCAUUACACCUAGAAUUGAUCAUUAUGUGUGCAUGGCUGAUCUUCUUGCCCGUGCUGGCUAUCUCGAGGAUACUCUAAGCUUUAUCAUUAAGAUGCCAGUUAAACCUGUGGUGGAUGUAUGGUUGUGUUUUCUUGCUGCCUGUAGAUCACAUAUGAAUAUAGGUCUAGGAGUAUUUACAGCGACGCUUCUUUUUGAUUUGGAUCCUAAAAAUGCUGCAGCCUAUGUUCUUCUCUCGAACAUCUAUGCAGAAGUGGGCAGGUGGGGAGAGAGAUCAUAUCCACAGACACAGGAGAUCUAUGCAAAGUUGGACAAAUUGGCUUGGGAGAUAAAGGCAGCAGGGUGA